AGUGGUCCUGUCACUCCCAGCGGUCUCCGCAGCUACAGCCGCCACCUCAGUCGCGAAGCGAUAGCCGGACGGGAAGGCCCUCGCCGGCGUCGUGCUGACGUCACGCGCGUGCUGACGUCGCCCGCGGCCGCGGCCUCUGAAGCGGGCUGGGGCUCGGGGGGCGCCGAGUUUGAGUAGUUUGGGGGCCGCUGAGCGCUUGGCGUUGCUCCCGCCGCCCGCUGCGCCCCGCAAGCCGCGCCUCUAGCGGGCUAAGUGAGUCCCGCCCGCUCCCGCGGGGACCCGCACUAGAGGUUGGGCGGCGCUCGGAGAAAGUUGGCGGCUCACAGACUGGCAGGCGGGCGGGCGGGCGGCCGCAGCCAUGGAGCCCCGCAGCAUGGAGUACUUCAGCGCCCAGGUGCAGCAGAAGGACGUCGGCGGCCGGCUGCAGGUCGGCCAGGAGCUCCUGCUCUACCUCGGCGCCCCCGGCGCCAUCCCGGACCUGGAGGAGGACCUGGGCCGCCUGGGCAAGACCGUCGACGCGCUCACCGGCUGGGUGGGUUCGAGCAACUACCGGGUGUCAUUAAUGGGAUUGGAAAUUUUAAGUGCCUUUGUGGACAAAUUAUCAACACGAUUUAGAUCCUAUGUAGCAAUGGUUAUUGUAGCUUUAAUAGACAGAAUGGGAGAUGCCAAAGACAAGGUUCGAGAGGAAGCGCAGACUCUGAUGCUGAAGUUAAUGGAUCAAGUAGCACCACCUAUGUACAUUUGGGAGCAGUUGGCUUCUGGUUUUAAACACAAGAAUUUUCGAUCUCGUGAAAAUAGCUGUCUUGGUUUUUAUUUCUCUUAAAAAAAAAAAACCUCAGUUCACAAGGUCAAGGAAAGCUAUGGGUAAUGACAUAUUUAAAAUUGUUAUUAAAGCAUUUAACUUUUUAUUUGAUACCUUUACUGUUCAUUUUUUAUGUAUGUUACUAUCUUUCAUGUUCUUAAUUUUUCAGUUAUAUCAGUAUUAAGUGUUUCUCUUUUUUUCUUUAAUAUGUUAGUCGUAGCCACCCAAAACAGAUGGCCAUGGAACUGAUAUGCCAAUACCUUACUAUCUAUUUCUGUUCUGGAUCGAAUUUGGAAUUGUUUUUAAUUCAAUGAUAUUUCACAUAUUAUAACCAUUUCCCAUCCCCAUCCUCCCCCUAGAGCAGUGUGGGUGGGUACCAGAAUCGUAGACCAAGCAAAACUUUCCCAGGUAACUAGACAGUGAGACUGGUAGCUGUGUAUAGAGUUCUGGCUGCCAUAGUUGCCACAGAACUGUGACUCUGAUCUGAAAAAGUGUAAACUAGGACUUUUCUUGCUCUGGAUUAGUUUUUUAGGUUUUACGCAAUGUCAUAGGUUAUAUGUAGUAGCUUUCAGCUUUUCCUAUAGUGUUACUUCCUUUUCUUAACUAUAUUUUCAUUUAUUACUCUAUAGUCCUUUCUGCCCUCUGGAGCCUAUAAGUGUACUCAGUCUGCAUAGCUCUUUGCACUGGGUUUUGGCUCUCUUGCCAUAAGCUUAAAGAUCUUUUAACUUACUGAAUGGGAAUGCAUUUAUUUGAGACCCAGAGUCUAAAAAAAAUCACAAUUUCAAAAGUGAAAACUCGGAUUUUCUUAAGUUGUUCAUGGAUUGCUAGGUUUAAGAGUGCC